AUGGAUGCAAUAACGGCAAACGAGAAACAAGGCAUCAAAACCUUUGUUCUCACCGGGCUCGCUGGCCAAGGCAAGAGUGAAGUGUGUCUUCAAGUAGCAAAUCGUGUUCGCGACCAGUUUUGGGGGGUCUUCUGGGUCGAUGUCAGCACCUCGGAGCUGGCCAAGUCCGGCUUCUCCGAGAUCUCAGCGCUUCUCGAGCUGCCCGAAUCGCCUGACGUCGUGGAGCAAAUCAAGCGGGCGCUGGCCGCCCUGUGCCCCGAUAAAGAUUGGCUCCUCAUACUGGACAACGCCGACGACGACAAGACGGACUACGCGAAGUACCUCCCGCCUGGAGGGAACGGCGCGGUCCUGGUCACGUCCCGGCUCCGCGGCUGCGCGGCGCUCGGGAGGGUCGGCUGGGAAGAGCUGCACGGCAUGGGCAUGGCGGACUGCGUCGACCUGCUCCUGAGGGCGACCAGGCCCCAGAGCAGCAAGCCGGGGUCCAGGCAGGCCGCGCAGGAGGUGGUCCGGCUGCUGAGCCGCCACACCCUCGCCGUGGUGCUGGCCGGGGCCUACGUCCAGAUGGGGCGCUGCUCGCUAGCCGAAUGCGCAGGCGUGGUUAGGCAGCAGCUGUGGCGCUUUUUCCUAUUCUCCCCAGAGCAGUCGCGGUCCCGCUACGGAUCCUUGGACAAGACCUUCCACGCGUCGGUGAGUGAUUCAUACCACAUAUUAGUUACCAUGGCCGCCAUGGACUUCAAAGAACUCCCCCUCGACCUGCUGGAAGACGCCUUCGACGGCCUCAAGCGCGCCAGGGAAAUCCCGGAGGACGAGUCCAGGAUUGACACGCUGACGCGCUGGCACGCGGGCGUCCCGCCGUUGCUCCAGGAUCCCAGCAGCGUCGAGCUCUUUCGCCAGCGCCUCGGCAAGGCCGUGUCCCGGCUCGAGUCCCUGGGGUUUCUCAAAAAAGACAAGGCGAAAGGGUUCGAGGCUGUCUCGGCGCACCCGCUGGUCCACAAGUGGCUGGGCGUGCGCCAGAAAACGACGGCCAGACGGCGGGACGCCGAGACCGCCGCCGUAGUGCUCGCUCUAGCGCAGUUCAACUCCGGCUCGCAGGCGCGCCCUUACCGCGCCCAUGUCGAGGUCCACAUGCAGUCCCUGUUCGAGGAGGAGCGGUGGCUCGCGGAUCCGAAGAAACCCUCGCGACCGGAGCUGCAGAUGGCCUUCCAGGGCUGCUAUUUCCUCGAGCAGCUCCGCAGCACUCACGGCAACAAAAUGCUCGACCGGCUUUCGUCUAGGCUGUGGAAGCACGUGGUGGGGUCGGAGCCCGAGGAGGAAAGCGCGGCGACGGCGGACAGCCUGCCCUUGUUCAGGAUCAGGGGCAGUAGUCUGAUGCGACUGGGGAAGAAGAAGGAGUCGCUCCUGGUCCUCGAGGAGGCCUCCUGGGUCGCGGAGGAGCUGCCUGACAGCGAGAGCCUGCUGGAGUUCCAGGAGCAGCUGGCCCGAGCGUACCGUGAAAACAAGUGCUUCGACGAGGAGAUCGACGUUCUCAAGUACGUCCUCAGAUUGCGGACGGUCAUGGGGGGCCGCAAGCACCCCAGGCUCGGCUUCUCGCAUGGCAAGAUGCAAAAUAAUCUGGUGAGGGCAUACCUCGACGGUGGGUGGUUCGAAGAGGGCAUCGAGCUCUGCAAGCAGCUAGUCGACGACAGGGCCCGCAGGCACGCCAAAGACAGCACCUGGCUACUGGCGACGCGGGCCCAGCUCGCUACGGCGUACUUCCUCGACGGCCAGUUCGAGGCGGCUGUCAAAGAGCACAGAGCCGUUGUCGAGCUGCGGGAAACGUCGCUGCCCAAGGACCACGCGGACACGAUCGGCUCCAAGUUCAAGCUAGCCGAGGCGUGCCUGAAGGUCGGGGAACUUGAGGAGGCGGCGGAUCUGCUGCGCGACGUGGUCCGCGUUAGGACAGCCGAGUACAAGGCUGAUGACCCUGUGCUGUUCAAGACGAGGCGGUUGCUUGAAGAGACUUUGCGGCGUCGUGAGUCCCUUUCUCUUCUUCUCUGCUCCCGGUAG